UUCAUCUCCGUCCCUUUCCGUUUCCUUUACCCCUUCCGAUCUAUCAAAUUCCUUCUUUACUUAUCAUCUUAUCUCCUCUCUCUCUCUCUCUCUCUCUCUCUCUCUCUCUCUCUCAACAAAAACUGACCCAGAAUAAUCCUAGGAAUUGGUUAUGGAUGGAUCAGGUUCUCUAUUAUCUAAUUCCUUUUUUUUAUUUUCCUUUUAGUUUGAAGUGGUAGCUGGAUUGAUCCCUGGAUUCCUCUGCCUCCCCGAAGGAGAUUGGGGUGUUCGACAUAAUCUAUCAUUUCAUGUAGGAACAUAUUUUACCCAUUUCAUUCAUUCAGGAUCAGUUUAUUCAAGUCUUGAGUUGAUUUUCCUACUUAUUGCUUCAGCUGAAUCAGUUGAACUGCUUAAUAAGGAGAGGAGGAAGAUGUCAAGCAGAAACACCCAUUGGUGUUAUGUAUGCAUGCAAGCAGUCCGGCCCCAUGGGCAACACAUGACAUGUCCUAAUUGCAGUGAAGGAUUUGUGCAAGAGCUACAUGAGAUAGGGAGUGGCAUCAUGAACUCCUUGAAUCUAUUCAGAUUGGAAUCUGAUGAAGACUUCGAUCAGGACCCCCGUUUAAGAAUUAUGGAACUCAUAUCUGCCCUUGUGAGACGGGGAUCAGCAGGUACAGGCCGUGAUAUUCGAACCAGAACCGAUACGAACCCGGAUCCGGCAAUGGGACGUGACACAGGCCCUUUGCUGAUCUUGAAUGGAUCUCUUCCUUCUAAUUUGGCUGAAAACAGAGGCCUCCAUAUCCUCGUUAACGGGCGUGGCAACAUGGGUGACUACUUUAUGGGCGCGGGACUUGAUGCUUUGUUUGAACAGCUCGCAAUGAAUGACCGUCGUGGCCCACCACCUGCUUCCAGAUCCGUGAUUAAUGCGCUGCCCACGAUAAGGAUAAACCAGAGGCACCUUCAAGGCGAUUCUCAUUGUCCGGUCUGCACAGACAGGUUUGAGUUAGGAAUUGAGGCUCGGGAACUGCCAUGCAAACAUAUUUACCACUCAGAUUGUAUUGUUCCUUGGCUAGUGCGGCACAACUCAUGCCCAGUUUGUCGCUCUGAGCUGCCGCCGCAGGCUGCUGGAUUGGGUAAUCGGAAUUCAAAUGUUGAUGUGGGGGACAGUUCAGCGAAUGCCAACUAUCGGAGUUCUGGGAAUGGGGGAGAAAGUCAGGGACGGCGAAACCCAUUUUCCUUUUUCUGGCCUUUUCGCUCUCCCAACUCUCGUUUUCAAUCUUCUGACUCCGGUUUCAAUUCAAACUCUGGUUUUCACUCUAAUUCUGGUUCCAAUAACUAUCAGCAGAACAAUGCAGGAGGCAGUUCUGCUGCUGUUCAUGACGAUAUCAACCAAAUGAGCUAUUCUGGUUGGCCUUUCGACUAUUAAAAGUUAUUUCUGUGGAGAAAAUGUGGACUUUUUCCGACGCUUUGGAUUCAAAGUGCUACAUAUGGAAGAGCUGAAGGACCAGAGUGUUCAUCUAAUGUCUUCCAAACACUUGUAAUUUGUUCAUAAAUUAUUAUCAAUAUUAUUUAAACUUACCAAGAAUCGUGAAUUCAUACGU